ACGACCUAGCUUUUCAUAAGACGAUCAUGUCCGCCAUCAAGCCCCCCUUCACCGCGGAGACGGCCCUCCAGAAGGUCAAGGUUGCGCAACGUCUAUGGAACACUCGUGACCCCCAGCGCGUCUCGCAGGCGUAUACGCCGGAUACGAUUUGGAGGAACCGCGACCAAUUCAUGAAGGGGAGGGACGAGGUGGUCCAGUUCCUCACUAAGAAAUGGGAGAAGGAGAACGGGUACCGACUGAGGAAGGAGUUGUUCGCAUUCAAGGAUAACAAGAUCGCAGUGCAGUUCUUCUACGAAUGGUUUGAGCUCAAGCAGGAUAGCUCGAAGCAGUGGUACCGAUGCUACGGCUUGGAGGACUGGACGUACAAUGAUGACGGACUAAUGCGCAAGCGUCAGAUGAGCGGAAACGACGUGUCGAUUACCGAAGAGGAGCGUUGGUUCAAGGAGGACGUCGCUGACGCAGGCUCCUAAUACCAGCCGUCCAUAGUGUUCUCGCUCGUACAUGUCGAGGGGGGACUUCAG